UUCCCAUGUGUUUCAGAAUCUGCUACCAAAAAUUACGGAGGUUGUGGAUAAAAUAAAGAAUUUUGAUAAAUUGAUUGUCGCAUUAUCUGGGACAUCGACAGGCACAGUGAUUACAUGGAUUUUCGCACCAGCAAACAUCGAUUGGCCGAUUCAAUGCAUAUUAUUCUUGGGAGUAUUUGUAGUUUUGAUGUUGUCUAUUUGCGUUUGUUGGAAGCCGGUUUCGUGGAAAAAAUUUCUUGUGUCUCCAGCGGUUUGCGUAAUGUUAUUCACUUGGUUAAACAAAGAUAAACUACACAGACAUUUGUUCACGCCUCCUGAUAAUUGUUGGACAUCUCAAUUUUCUCGAGAUACACUUCCGGAGAUAUUUUACGAAAACAUAUAUGACCUACGUGACAAGCUUCGUAGUCACCGGGUUAUCGACGAAUACACAUUUCGCAAUAUAAGUGAAAGGAUGAUCUCGAGGCCGUGGACAAAGGAUGAUGCCGACUGGUUGGUAUACAAGGAACUUCCGCGGUCAGGUGAUGAUAGAUAUUUGACAUUUUGUUGUUUGUUACGUUCAAUGCCUGAUUUCUCUGAAAUUGGAGAGAAGCUUUGUGAUGAUUGCAACGCAUCUUUUACGUGUAUAAACAGCACAAAAGUACUACUCACUUAUGACUCAUCUUGUAAGGAAUUUUUGAAUUCUAAGGGAGAUACUUCUGGCAGCCGUAUAUAUGCUACUCUACGUUAUAAGGUGGACUACGUUGAAGAAAUGGAAACGAAAAAUUCUUCUGUACAUGUAGUAUAUCCGUCGUCAAUCGUCUGUCAUAAUAACACAAUUGCAGUAUGGCUAAAAAUAGGUAUUCCUGAUAAAUACAUUAUGGAGGAAGACUUUCGAAACAAAGUCGCGGAACAUUUGAGGGUCAACAUCACUGAAGUACGGAUAGUUUACAUCAGAACAGGUUGCACCUUGAUCUUGCUACACUUGUCCUUUCCAGCUGGAUUACGACUUUUGCAAAUAUUCAGUGAGGAAGAGUCUAGCUAUGUCUUUGGUGAAAUAAUAAAAGAGACACUGAACUGCAAUUCGUCAUCAAACGUUUCCAUUCGAGCAAAGAUAAGCGAUAUGCCGCCGUACACAAUACAUGUCAUUCCUACUGGAGUGUUUCCUGUUAAAACGGAAAGAAGCGAUGUUCCUUUCAUCAUUGACGUGCGGAUUGCAGGUGUUGUGGUGACACUGUUAUUGAGCUUACUAACAAUAUUUGCUUAUCUGCUGUUUUUACGAGGCAUAUUCGUUCUUCGAUUGCAGAGUAGCAAGGCAGUUCUGAGUAGUGAAGCUCACCCUGCAGCAGUUCAGUCGGGUUUAUCAGGCAGCCGAACAGGUGUGAAAUCUAGCAAACCGCAGGAUUUCUUUCCAGAGAUUGUCAGCAAGCUGCAAGGUUUGAAGGUGUUAAAACUCUGUACAGAUCACAUACGUUCAUUGCCCCAAUCAUUGAUGAAACUUACUUACCUGGAAGAAUUGUACCUACAUACAAGUGGCAACAACAUAAAAGACGUGGAUGAUUUGCUAAGUGAACAAAUCGGCCUGCAGGAAAUACCUGAUGUUCUUACUCAGAUGAAGAGCCUUCGAGUACUGUCUGUUCGUGGAAAUCCAGGAAUACCGUUUCUGCUUGACUUAGUGAUUACAUCGGCACCUACUAAUCUCGUUGUACUGGAGAUUGUAAAAGGCAAUGUUAAACAACGCCUCUUAUCAAAUAUUUCCGACACGCCAAGACUACAUAUUGCCAAGCUCAACUUAUCAGAGAAUUACAUCUCGUUUAAAUUUUUACAAUUUUUGUGUAAAUGUUUUACCAAAUUGGAAGAUCUAAAAUUGAGUGGGUGCGAUAUACGGAGUCUGCCAUUAGAAUUAAAAAUUCUCGAAAGGUUAGUAAAGCUAGAUUUGUCAAGGAACACAAGUCUCAAUGAGAACGAAUGGAAUGGUUUUAGCAAGUUAAAAGAACUAAAUCUGAGUGGCUGCGGCGUGAUAGUUCUCCCAUUCCAUUUGGAACAUUUGAACAGUCUAGAUAAGCUGAAUAUAUCAGGAAACAGAAUAGACAAUUUGAUGUUGCUACCUUUGAUGAAUCUUACAAUGUUGAAGGAACUCAAUUUGAGUAGAUGCAACUUGUCCUGGAUCAAACGAGACAGGCUUCGGUGUCCCAAUGUAAGGAAGUUGGAUUUGUCAGGAAACAAGGAUGUCAAUUGGGAUUCGCUAGACAUAUGUUUUCCUAAAUUGAAAGAACUAAAUUUGAAUGAAUGCAACUUGACACAUAUUUUUUCCAAAUGUGUAUUCUAUUUAUCUGAUGUAGAGAAGCUGGAUUUGUCAGGAAACCGGAAUAUCAAUUUGGAUUUUAUACAUUGGAUGGGGUAUUUUCACCGGUUGAAAGAACUAAAUUUGAGUGGAUGCAACUUGAAGACGUUACCACUGAAAUUGCAUUACCAGCUGGAUCUAGAGAAGCUAGAUUUGUCAGGAAACAAUUUCAGAUGGCUAGAUCUAAAGCAUUUCGGCCGGUUAAAAGAACUAAAUUUGAGUAGGCUCAAUUUGCCAUUUUAUAUGCAUGAUCUUGACUACAUAGAGAAGCUGGAUUUGUCAGAAACCACCAUAGUAAAUUGCGAUUGGCAAUGGCUGCGAGAGACUAGACAUUUGAAAGAACUGAAGCUGAGUAGGUUCGAUCUACAGUUUGUGCCGUUUGAAAUUUUCUACAACCUAGAGAUGUUGGAUGUUUCAAGGAGCACGCAUCUUGAAACGGUGUGUAAGAAAUGGGCAAGUCUUACCAAGUUGAAAGCAUUGAAUUUCAGUGGGUGCGACACACGGUAUCUGUCAAGAAACUGGACCGGUCUCGAAAAACUUGAUUUGUCAGAAAGCACAAAUCUUGAAAUGGUAGAGUGGGAGAGUCUUACUAAGUUGAAGGAACUGAGUUUGAGAGGGUGCGACAUACGGAAUCUACCUUCACAGUUGACACAUCUGGCCAAGUUAGAAAAGCUGGAUUUGUUAGAAAAGCAAAAUUCGUUAGAAAAGUUGGAUUCAUUAGAAAAGCUGGAUUUUCUAGAAUCGAAAACAUUGCAAGUAGAUACAUCAUCCAUUUCAGUGCACGAAAUAAGAAAAUGAUUUCACGAUAUAUACGAGUUUUACUAUACGAAUAAACUGUUUUGAACGUUCUCAAGUUAUGUAUGGCUUAUACUUACUUUUUCUGUAGUCUGGUUUUGGUAGCGUGAUGGUAAAAAUUUGUUUUAAAAGAAAACAACAAAACAGU